AUGAGCGCCGGACCCGUGCCGCAAGAAGUGGCAGCGGGUAUCACCUGCGCCGGGCGGGGCGGGGCGGGCUGCCCAGCCGCGGGGGCCGGGCCCGCCGGAGGAGCGACAGACGGCCCGUCCCGGGCUGCGGCCACGGACCACGCAUGCCCGGGGAUGGGAGAAAUCGCCUCCCCCUCCGAGAAGCGAGGUCUCAAGUUCACACGAAGGGUUUCACCAGUUGUUCAAUUCAGCUUUGUGUCCCUGCCCACGGAUGUUCUGGAAAUAGAAGUUAAAGACAAAUUUGCAAAGAGCCGACCGAUCAUCAAACGUUUUCUGGGAAAACUCUCCAUGCCGGUUCAGCGCCUCUUGGAAAGACAUGCCAUAGGGGACAGGGUUGUAAGCUACACUCUGGGUCGCAGACUUCCUACAGAUCAUGUCAGUGGCCAGCUGCAGUUCCGAUUUGAGAUAACUUCCUCCAUCCAUCCAGAUGAUGAAGAGGUCUCCAUUAGUGCAGAUCCUGAGCCAGCUGACCUCCCGGAAAGCCCUGUGAACAACCCCACAGAGGAAAGCCUCGGUGAGCCUCCAUGCAUCAACACAGUGACCUCAGAAAGUGCAGCUCCAGAACAGCUAAAUGGAUACAGUUUGAACAGUGUCGAUAGCCCAGGGGCUGUCAAACCACCUGGGGAAGUCGACCAGAACAGCUUAAAUGAAGAGCUAGCAGGAGAUGGGGAGGUUGAUGCGGUGCCAGUUCCUGAGCCCUUGGAAUCCAUCCCAGGAGAAGUGCUGCCUUCUUUGAGUGCUACGGACCUCAUGGAGCAGUUGGAUCUGACGGCUUGCAUGUCUCCUCCUGAGCCCGAAGUUAGGGAAAAUAACAAAGUCAAUUCUGGUAUUCAGGGAGAUGGUGGAGUCUUGACCAGCAUAGAAACAGUAGAUAUUGAUGAGGUGAGUGCAGAUGUGCAUGCUGGCAAAGACCUAGAGAAGAGUCAGGAUGAAGAAGUAGGGGCUUCAGCACAGGAGGAGGAAGACAACAAGCUACAACUGAGGACCACAGCAAAGAGGAAAAAUAGGCCGUGCUCCCUGCCUGUGUCUGAACUUGAGACAGUCAUAGCUUCAGCUUGUGGUGAGCCAGAGACCCCUCGCACACACUACAUACGGAUACACAACCUGCUUCACAGCUUGCCCUCAGCACAGAUGAGCAGCGAUGGGGAAGAAGAGCAAGAUGGUGGUAAUGGCAGGGAGAACGAUGAGGAGUCUACUGUCAAGGAGGUGAUGGAUAAGGAAGUGGUCAGUGAGAGUGAGACCGUGGCAGCAGAGCCUCCUCUGGAAAACGAGGCUGAAGAGAACUUCAGCCAGAGCACGAUGCCUCCUGGGACCUUGGAUGAGCAACUCUCUGACUUGAAUGAUGGGCUGUUGGAUGGGGAACCCCCCAGGACAGGAAGUGAGAGCGAGUCAAGCUCCAGGCCCAAUGGUGACAACGAAUGUGAGGCAUGCGACACCUCUUGCUACAGCCCCUCUUGCUACAGCACCUCCUGUUACAGCACCUCCUGUUACAGCACUUCCUGCUACAGCACCUCCUGCUACGACAGUAACAAUCGCUUCUCCAGCCAUACGCGCUUCUCCUCCGUCGACAGCGCAAAGAUUUCUGAGAGCACGGUCUUUUCCUCACAGGAUGAUGAUGAGGAGGAGAACAGUGCUUUUGAGUCAGUGCCAGAUUCAGUGCAGAGCCCUGAGCUGGACAGGGAGCAAGUGGAUGGCUCCUCCCAGUGGCCAGAUGAACUAGUAGCUCAUGGUGGGAAUCCACAGAGAGCCACAGAGGGUCUAGACGCCCCAGUAGCAGGUCCAAGCAGCAGAAGAGAAGGUGAUUGUCCUUUACUCCAUAAUUCUCAGCCAGUCAGCCAGCUUCCUUCUCUGAGGCCUGACCAUCAUCACUACCCAACUAUCGAUGAGCCUCUUCCACCAAAUUGGGAAGCUCGGAUAGACAGCCAUGGGAGAGUGUUCUACGUGGAUCAUGUCAACCGCACCACCACGUGGCAGCGGCCCACAGCCGCAGCAACACCAGACGGGAUCCACAGGUCUGGCUCCAUCCAGCAAAUGGAGCAGCUGAACCGCCGGUACCAAAACAUCCAGCGAACCAUUGCAACAGAGAGGACUGAAGAUGAUGUUGUGGUAAACAACAGGGUGGAGAGAGUUCCCACUGGAGGAGGAAGUGACUCUGAGGCAGAGCCUUCCCAGCCAAGCCCAGAGAUUAGGAGGGAAGGUUCCCUUUCUCCUGUGAAUUCUCAAAAAAUCACCUUGUUGCUGCAGUCUCCAGCUGUGAAGUUCAUCACCAAUCCUGAGUUCUUCACUGUGCUGCAUGCAAACUAUAGUGCCUAUCGAGUCUUCACCAACAGUACCUGCUUGAAGCACAUGAUUCUGAAAAUUCGUAGAGAUGCUCGUAAUUUUGAGCGGUAUCAGCACAACAGAGACCUAGUAAAUUUCAUCAACAUGUUUGCUGAUACCCGACUGGAGCUUCCUCGUGGCUGGGAGAUAAAAACUGACCAGCAGGGCAAGUCUUUCUUCGUUGACCACAAUAGCCGUGCUACCACCUUCAUAGAUCCCAGGAUCCCGCUGCAGAAUGGGCGUCUCCCAAAUCACCUGACUCACCGCCAACAUCUCCAGCGGCUUCGUAGCUACAGUGCUGGAGAGGCCUCUGAAGUUUCUCGAAACAGAGGAGUUACUCUGUUGGCCAGACCAGGCAAUAGUCUCGUAACAGCUAUUCGAAACCAGCACCAUCACGAGGCAUUACCUCUGGCUUACAAUGACAAGAUUGUUGCAUUUCUGCGCCAACCCAACAUUUUUGAGAUGCUGCAGGAGCGUCAGCCCAGCUUGGCCAGAAACCAUGCACUCAGGGAGAAGAUACAUUACAUUCGGACAGAGGGUACACAUGGGCUUGAAAAGUUGUCAUGUGAUGCAGAUUUAGUAAUUCUGCUGAGCCUUUUUGAAGAGGAUAUCAUGUCCUACAUACCACUGCAGGCUGCCUUCCAUCCGGGUUACAGUUUUUCUCCUCGUUGCUCGCCCUGUUCAUCACCCCAAAACUCUCCGGGGCUGCAGCGAGCAAGUGCAAGAGCACCUUCUCCAUACAGGAGGGACUUUGAAGCCAAGCUGCGCAAUUUCUAUCGAAAACUUGAAGCCAAAGGGUAUGGGCAAGGUCCAGGGAAAAUUAAGUUAAUUAUACGGCGUGACCACUUGCUGGAAGGCACCUUCAACCAGGUAAUGGCGUAUUCACGCAAGGAGCUCCAGCGGAACAAACUCUACGUCACAUUUGUCGGCGAGGAAGGGUUGGACUACAGUGGCCCCUCCCGAGAAUUCUUUUUCCUUCUGUCUCAGGAGCUCUUCAAUCCCUAUUACGGGCUGUUUGAGUAUUCAGCCAACGACACUUACACUGUACAGAUCAGCCCCAUGUCUGCCUUCGUUGAAAAUCACCUGGAAUGGUUCAGGUUCAGUGGUCGUAUUCUUGGCCUUGCUCUCAUUCAUCAGUACCUUCUGGAUGCUUUCUUCACAAGGCCGUUCUACAAAGCACUGCUAAGGCUGCCGUGUGAUUUAAGCGACUUAGAGUACCUGGAUGAAGAGUUCCAUCAGAGCUUGCAGUGGAUGAAGGAUAACAAUAUCACAGAUAUCCUGGACCUAACCUUCACAGUGAACGAGGAGGUGUUUGGACAGGUGACAGAGAGAGAGUUGAAAUCUGGAGGGGCAAACACAGCGGUGACAGAAAAGAACAAAAAGGAGUACAUCGAGAGAAUGGUAAAGUGGCGAGUGGAACGAGGAGUGGUCCAGCAAACAGAGGCCCUGGUCCGUGGCUUCUACGAAGUUGUAGACUCCAGGCUUGUCUCUGUUUUUGACGCCAGAGAACUGGAGCUAGUUAUAGCUGGCACUGCAGAAAUAGAUCUCAAUGACUGGCGGAACAACACAGAAUAUCGUGGAGGCUACCAUGACGGACACAUAGUGAUACGGUGGUUCUGGGCAGCUGUGGAGAGGUUUAACAACGAGCAGAGGCUGCGACUGUUGCAGUUCGUCACGGGAACGUCGAGUGUGCCGUAUGAGGGUUUUGCCGCUCUCCGAGGGAGCAACGGCCUGCGGCGCUUCUGUAUAGAGAAAUGGGGGAAAAUAACCUCCCUCCCAAGGGCACACACAUGUUUCAACCGUUUGGAUCUUCCACCUUACCCCUCAUAUUCUAUGCUGUAUGAAAAGCUGCUGACAGCUGUUGAAGAAACUAGCACCUUUGGACUUGAAUGAGGGGGUUCAGGCACUUCUGGUGUUUUUAUGGCUGAUGAUGUCACCUUUCCUGUCCACCAUCCUUUGAUCUUGGUUUCCCAUGUUUUUAUUUUUGAAAACAAAACAAAAAUCAAGAUUAACAAAAGCCGUGCAUGAAGAACUGCCACCCUCUACGAUCUAACCUUCAUGCUUUCAUCCUCUGUUUCCAAUGGACUGCUAGUCUGUAUGCAAUAGAAAAACAACUGUCUCAAGGUUUCUGUAUAUCUCUACAUACCUCCAUUAAUAACAAUGAAAAUACAAAUGCAAGUUACACUACACUUGACCAAAUGUUAAUAAAUGUUUACUUCCACCUACGUUGAUUAAAAAAUAAAAA